AUGUCGAACACAAGUCGAAGGAGACCGAAAAAUGGGUACGUUGAGGUGAAAGGAGAGCUGUCCAAAAUAAGACUGGAUAUGCAGGCGUUAGGCGAAAAGCUGAACACGGUUGAGAAAGACAAGGAAAACCUUCGCUGCAUCAACCAUGCACUGCUUGAGAAGAUCAAAGAAGAAGCAGACAAGGACUAUCCAUUCAAGAUAUUUAUGCUGAAGAAAGAUCUCAUGAUGGAGCGUGAGAGAUCCACACUUACGAAACAAAAAUUGGUCGAGAACCAGAUCCUUACAAUACUGAUUCAAGAAUACUUUGGGAUAUCCAUCGAAGAAGAUGGAAACAAAAUUCAAUUGAAAAGAGAGAGUGUUGCGAACAUCCUCAAGCUUGUUAAGAACAAAUCUGAUGAAGAAAAAGAACUGCUCCGAUUGAAAAUUGAGGACUAUCUUGAGCGUGAACUUGUACUUAAUGAAGAAGUGAAAUCAUUGAAAGAAGAAAAUCGAAAAUUAAGAGAAGAAAAGAUGGCGGAUUCGCUGAGUAGUCAAGCGAUUAUUGACUCUUUGGAGGAGCUAGUUCAAGAGCAGGAAGAGGAUCAUGAAAUUAUGGUGCAGAAACUACAAAAUGAGCUGACCAUCUCCAGAGACCAAGAAGCAGCACAAAGUGGACAAAUUUGUGAAGUGAAGCAGCAAGCUUUGUCCGACAAUGAAAAACUUUCGGAAAGCAAUGGAAAAAUUACCAGGCUUGAAAAGGAAAAGGCUGAACUGGAAAUGAAAGCCAAAGAAGUCAAGGGGAAAGUAAUGAUGCUUGAGGAAGACGCUUCUAACAAUUUGGCAAAAUUGAAGGAACUGUCCAACGAAGUGGCAGAGUGGAGAACAAGAGCUGAAGAAUCUGGGGAUAGAUGUCUUUCACUAACGAAGAUGCUUUUAGAGACGGAGCAACAAGAGAAACUAAUCAUGCUACAGCUAUCCGAGAAAGAACACAGAGCUGAAAAGCUGCAGCAAGCGACAGUUCUUCUAGAGAAUGAAGUCAAAAGCACCAAACAACAACUCAGGGCGACCCAGCAAAGCCUUAAAGAGGCAGGCGAUAACUACAAAGAAGCAUCCUCAAAUUUGAUGGAAAUGACUUCAGAAAUGAGCUGUUGGAAGACACAAGCUGAAGACUUAGAGUCGAAGUUAUUGGUAAUGGAAGGAAACAACAAAAUGCUUGAAGAAGGGAAGCAUACACUAUUGAAGACAAUGAUUGUGGAGUAUCAGAAGCAUCUGGAUCAUAGUCUUGCAAUGAAUGCAGAAAUCACUACAUUGAAAUGGCAUAUCGAUGAGAAGAGAAAAAAGAUAAUUGAAUUUGAGAGUGAAAACCAAGUGCUCGUGCAACAGCUUAACGAGUCAAACGAAGAAGGAGAGAAGGAAAAGAAUUCAAAGUUUGUGCUGGAAGAAGAGCUACGUGUGGUGCGUGAUGAGAAUAACGAGCUGAAUGACGUCAUCCAUCAACUUAAUCAGAGGCUUCAUAAAGCGAAGAGCAGGCGAUGGUGGAAGAAACUUGUGUCUUGUUCAUAA